GUCGGGCGGCCGCCGGCUCAGUGCGGGGCGCAGCGCGGAGCCCGCUCGGGACUCGACUGCGCGGCGGAUGGGACUGUAGCGGCGGGUGAUUUCGCGGCGGCCCCAUGUUUUCCCCCAGCCAGGAGGAGCACUGCGCGCCUAACAAGGAACCCGUCAAGUACGGGGAGCUGGUGGUGCUGGGGUAUAAUGGAUCCCUCCCUAAUGGCGACAGAGGACGCAGGAAAAGCAGAUUUGCCCUUUAUAAGCGACCUAAGGCAAAUGGAGUUAAGCCCAGCACCGUUCACGUGAUUUCUACUCCCCAAGCAUCGAAGGCGAUCAGCUGUAAAGGUCAGCACAGUAUCUCUUACACAUUAUCCAGAAACCAGACUGUUGUAGUGGAGUAUACUCAUGAUAAAGAUACAGACAUGUUUCAGGUUGGGAGGUCAACAGAAAGCCCCAUAGACUUUGUAGUAACAGAUACUAUUUCUGGAAGUCAAAAUAAUGAUGAAACCCAGAUUACACAGAGCACCAUAUCGCGUUUUGCGUGCAGGAUUGUUUGUGACAGGAGCCCACCAUAUACAGCAAGGAUUUUUGCAGCUGGAUUUGACUCAUCUAAAAAUAUAUUUCUUGGUGAAAAAGCAGCAAAGUGGAAAAAUCCUGAUGGCCACAUGGAUGGAUUGACAACUAAUGGAGUGCUGGUCAUGCAUCCAAAAGGAGGGUUCACUGAGGAGUCCAAACCUGGAGUGUGGCGGGAAAUCUCUGUCUGUGGUGAUGUGUACACUCUUCGGGAAACCAGAUCUGCUCAACAAAGGGGGAAACUGGUAGAAAAUGAGACCAAUGUCCUACAAGAUGGCUCUCUCAUUGACCUGUGUGGAGCCACCCUUCUGUGGAGAACAGCAGAUGGACUGUUUCACACUCCAACUCAGAAACACAUUGAAGCUCUGCGACAAGAGAUAAAUGCUGCCAGACCACAGUGUCCGGUUGGGUUAAACACUUUAGCGUUUCCCAGCAUCAACCGCAAAGAUGUGGUAGAAGAGAAGCAGCCUUGGGCAUACCUCAGCUGUGGUCAUGUUCACGGCUAUCACAACUGGGGACAUCGCAGUGACACAGAAGCCAAUGAGCGGGAAUGUCCUAUGUGCAGAACCGUUGGCCCCUACGUGCCUCUUUGGCUUGGUUGCGAAGCAGGCUUCUAUGUGGAUGCUGGUCCUCCAACUCAUGCUUUCACCCCUUGUGGACAUGUGUGCUCUGAGAAGUCUGCAAAAUACUGGUCUCAAAUCCCGCUGCCUCACGGUACUCAUGCAUUUCAUGCCGCCUGCCCUUUCUGUGCAACACAACUGUCUGGGGAACACAACUGCAUCAAGCUGAUUUUUCAGGGUCCGAUUGACUGAUAUCACUUUGCAAUGACCACAAUAACAUUUUUCUUUAACAAUUUACUGUGAAGAUUUUGCCACUAAUUCUAGAUUUUACCUUUUUUUAUAAUGUUAUUGAUAGGGUGGUAGGGUGGGGAUAGGGGAACUGACAAGGAAAUUGUGAGGGACUGUGGUGGAAUAGGGAUACAUUGAUACCUGGAACUUGACAGAUAUCAGUGGUGUUGCAUGCUCAAAAGCAGCAUAUUCAUGAAGUCUUCUUGGUCAAAUUGUAGUAUAUUUCUAAUCUUUUUAUUAGUACCCUGGAUCAGAAAAAGGUGUCUUAAUGAUUUUUUUAAGCUAAGAUUUUUUUAAUGGAAAGGUUUUUUCUUCUAAACUUUGACAAGCCUUUAAAACCUAUUUUUCAAAUCUAGAAGGAACGUACAGAAUGUAACUGUCUUUAAUUUGAAAUAUGAUUCAACUUGAAUAGUUUCUCAAGGAGCUAAUACAGAAUGUGUGGACAACCAUAGGUGAAUGUUCACUAGAGAUAAUUGGAUAUGUAAGAGAAAAAUUAGCUGCCUAAAUUGUAGAGUAUAAAAGCUAUUAAAAUAUCUAUUAUGGUAUAACACAGCUGGCCAAAAAGGCAUCAAGGAUUACUUGAAACUGAGGAAAUCCUGUUUGCAUUGAUUUCCUUUCAGUGUAAUAGAUAUCCACUGUUCAUUAUGUAUGGUAUAUGGCUGAUUUUUUUUUCUUUCUUUUUUUUCCACCCCUGUUCAACCUGCAUCUGGUGAAACUGCUUUACUUUUUUACAUACUUAAUUCUGUUUUUUUUUAAGCCAAUGUUCUGUAUAUGUGUAGUCUGGCCUUUUUAUUUCUGCUUAAUUUAGCUUGCCCUAACUGCUCCUUGCAUGCCCAGGAUCAUUGGGUUAAUUGAACGAGCCUUUUAAAACUGUAUUAAUGAAGGGGUAGUGCUGCAGCAAGACAGAAGGUUUAGGUACAACUUAUACAGAACUUAUUUACAUAGACCUGAAUUCAGGAAAGCACUUAGUUCGUGUUUAAAUAUAAACCCAUGGAUGGGACUGUUUAGAUUCUCAAGUGCUUCAAUGGAUUGUGGUUAUAUGCUGUUAUGUUUUGAAAUAAAAAAGCAGUUAAAAAUAAGGUAUUUUUUAAGCUCACUUACUAGCCAAAAUGCUGUAAGGAGAGCAUCGUUUCUGGUUCAGCUGAGUGUUUUUGUUCAGUUUUCAACUUGCUGCCAUCUGUCACCUUUUUUUGCAGAUUGAGAUGUGUUUGUAUCCAUUUUUUUUUUCAAAUGUUUGCAAAUCAAACAACAUUCAAAUGUAAUCAAAUAUAUGCACCAGGGUGGUACAUCUGAAGUGGAUCACUUGAAAUUCCUGACUUUUUAAGAGAGCUGAUAAAUGUUUACUAUGGAAAUAAUUAAAUCAGAAUUUCAUAUGAGAUGUACCCCGCCCACUGUUAGUUUCAUUUCAUACAGAGUGAUAACUCUUUGAUUUGUGGUGGGUUUUUUUUUUCCUUUUGCUUUCUGUACUUUUGGUAUCUGAGGUAUCAAUCUAUCCAGGUUUUAAAAAAAAAAAAAAAAUUUGGGAAAAAAUUAUGACAUCUCUAGAUGAAAUUGAUCAUUCAAGCUCAGUUCUGUUUAAUCAACUAUAGCUUCUUGCUAUAUUUGUGCCCUUUGUAUAAAUAUAUAAUUUAUAUGAUUUUAAUAUAUUCUGUAUAUAUAUACUUGAAUUGGCCUGUUCAUAUUUUGGUUGUAAAAUUGUUUUAUAGUUAACCUUAUAAACAUUUUACAUGUCCCUUGCCAAUGGUAAAGGGACGUACUUUGUCUGCUGCUGUUUUAAUAUGAUUUUGCUGUAUAAAUGUUCAGCAUUUUAAUAAUUGGAAAUAGCUUUACUUUUCAUUUUAUGCUUUUGCUGUUAAAAAAAAAAAAAAUUCUGCAGCAUUGUCUCUAAAAAUCCCAAACUGUACAGUUUUUGUCCUGCUUGGUGAUUGGAAAUAGGAUGAGUCUUGUUAACCUAAAACUAUAUGCUUCUUCCUAGUGCCUUUUCAAUGAGAUCCUCUUACGAUUCUGUAUUCCGAGUCCUUACUCCCACAAGACAACCUUGUGGCUAAUCUUCAUCAAGAAUGGCAGCCCAACCAGAGUGGGAAGAAACGCCUUUGGCCUUCAAUUCCUUGUCAUGGUUUCUGUCCUGAACGUGAAGGUGCCUCUUCCUUGUUUAUAUCCAGUACAAGUUCCUCAGGUCCUGUAUGCAUACUGCAGCAUUAUCUCUAUUUAGCAUAUACCUCAUCUGCGAGAGGCAGUCUCACCUCCACCCCAUUCUCAUUGGGCUCUGUGAAAUACGUAACUUUAUUUCCCACAAGAGAUGCUAUGAAAACACACCGAGCCGUGUGCUAAUGCUGGUGGCCAGAGGUCUUGAGCUCUGUGUAUGACAGCUUCAUGGGUCUGGGGCGGCAACUGUAUUGCGGAGCUGAUCAGGACUUGCAUGCGUAGUCUCCCUCCGAGCGUAAAUGGAUUUAAACGCGCAGGUUCCCAGGCAUCUCUGUUAUCGAGCUGCUUUACUUCCUUCGCUGUAGCGGUUUAAUUGCUGCUUCAGGGCUUCAUAUAGCUGUACUGUGUGGAGCGGGAAUGUAGUGUUAGAGGAAUCCUCACUGGAAAGACUGGCACACCAUCUGGUUGUGGUGUGUUUGGCUUGCGUGAGGUGGAAGACUGGCUGAUGGUUUGUAUCUGAGGGAAGUGUCCCUUUGAAAAGACUGUGUUUUAAGCGAGAUUUUUGUUUCGCUGUCGGCAAUUCUGUGUAACACAAGAACUACCGCAGGAAGGAAAACUCCCCUCUUAUCUGAGAAACAAACAUCCACAGUUCCUUUGCAUGAAUCCAGGUACUUUGCCAUUAACCAGUAUUCAAAUCUAGGGUGAGUCCCGCAGAGCUGGAUUUACUGGGAAGGCAGAAGAGUUUGUAGCAUUAUUUUUCUCAAAUGCUGCUGCCACAUAUGCUGCUCUGAUCAAAUGGCAGAUCGUUUGGCUACUCGGCCCUUUUGUCCUUCCCCCGUUUCAGUAAACACACACCUUCACUGGUAACUCAGUAGGAGAAAGUCGUUUCUGGGUAAAUAAGACCAGUUCUGUUUGGAGUGAGUAAACUUGAGAAUGACACUCAAACUUUGUUUUGAAAGUUUAUUUCAUGAUUUUAGUGUUAUAUUUCUUGUAUCCCAUUUCAAAUGCUGGCAAUGUAUUCUGUAAGGAUUUUUUCCACCUGUUACUGUUGCUUCUAUUUGAAUGCUUCAAACCCAGCUUUGAUGGCAUAACUUAUAGCUAAAACUAUUUUUCUAGUCUGAUCUUCAAAAAAAAGUCUGUCAUCCGUGCACACUGGAGCUGUAACACUUUCCUUUUUCCUGACAGCUUUUUGAUAGAGCGCUGAAGUCUAAAUAGACAACUGAGUGGUAAGCGUUGUUCUUAUUUUGAAUCGUGGUCCAACUUGUGCAAAAGAGUUAGCAUGAUACUGCAUUUUAAUCAGGAUUUUUUUUUUUUUUCAAGUGUGGUCACUUCGUGCCUCAGAGUACAGUAAUAGUACUGUACUGGUGGAGUUAUUAAGGAAUUUUUUUCUUUGUGAGGGUGGGAACGGGGCUCAGAAGAGACAAAAGCCGUUGUUAGGCUGGUUCAGGUAGGGACAAAUCCCCCUUGAAGCAGAGGCAUGCCAGGAACCCAUCAGAAAUGUUAUUGUAGCUGUUCCUGCUUUCAGACCUGAUUCAUGCUCUAAAAAAGAUUCUCCUCAGUUUGUUAGGAAGCUCUAGGAUGAAAUGGAAAGGCUGUGAUCUUCCCAGCAAAACACUCCUGGAUGUUUUCAUGACAGCUCCUGGAAUUUGAGGGUUCUGCUUCGGAGCCUGAGCGAGGAGCAGAGGUUCUGAGUGUAUCAUAGUGAGAAACUGCAGUGGUCUCUGGGUAGAACUUAGUUAUUUUUUAACUCCUCACACCACCCAAGAGAAACUGUUGGUUUCAACUGUGGCAACACUCCCUCUAGUGCUGUUGCAGUAGCUUAUUGCUGUGCUCACCAUUUUUUUUCGCUCUUCAGGAAGUGGAAGGAAGCUUCUCCAGGACAGUCAUGUUUCUGUUCAUCCAGCCCAUAGUCUUGACGCUUUUCUGGGGUCAGAGACCUGUUGGUAGUGAUCUGGCCGUGGUGAGAACUGCUAAGAAGCACUUAAAUGCUUUUUUUAGUAUGUUAAGACAACUGAUCUAACUUGACUCCUGGUCUUGCUUAAAGUUGAGUUGCAAAAUACGCUUUUGAAAUGAGCUGUGCUUGUCUGUUCUUUGUAAAGGAACGCUGUGUCACGGGUGAGGUCUGCUUUUCCCCAAGACUGUUGUUAACAUGCUGCGUUGGAUGUGACGUGGAAUCGGCAGGUAGAGGGUGUGGACAGCCCAGCUAUCCUGCAGUGUUCUGGCCAAGCAUCCCUCCUCCUCCUUGUUUGCUCAGUUUUCAGCCUCUUGUGAGUUCUUGGCUCCUCUCAUUUUCUAUUUAUCCAUGUAGUUGGGGGUAAACAAAUAAAUAUAGCUUGGAAGGAAAACAAACAAGGAAGAGAAUUAAAAAGAUACCUUCGGGCUUGCUUAUCUCUUCAAGGAAAAUAUAAAUUGGAGUUGCAAAUGUCUUUUACAGAUUUUCUUAUUAUUCUGAUUUUUUGUAAGCACUCUUCACAAGUCUUCACACUUGGUGUUGUGAAUUAAAAGGAAAAAUUUGGAAGGUAAGGCUGGUUUUGGGGGGGGGGCAGGGGUGGGGAAGGGGCAGUUUCUAGGACGAAGUCGCAAUAGUUCUGCAGGCCCUGUGCAAACUGUGUCCUGUUGACUGCAGCAGACCGUUUGGUCUCGAAAGAACAAAGUACUCAGCCUCGACAGGUCGCAAAGAUAAAGCUUCACUGUCUGUCUUGAUCAGAGUUCUCACUUAUUGGCAGCAGAACAAAAAUACGUGUUGCUCGGACAACCAGGCUACAGACGAAACUGGUGGCUGUCAAGAUUUCCUUUUAACGCGGUGUCUCUAUAUUUUUCUGGUGGGCAAACCAGUCUUCAGGUCACCUGGAAGUCCCUUCUGUUUGUGUCACAGUGAUUAGGGAUGGGUGGCACUUUCCUUGGAUCAAAUACAUGACGGGGAGCCCCUGGAAGGCUCCUUCUGGCGGCACAACUGUAGGAAAAGUCUGGUUCACACAGCAAGCCCCGUACAACGAAGAAGCGAUGUUUACCUUUAAAAAGCUGUUAAAACUUCUGGGUAUAUUUGUAAAAUUGGUCUUUUAUACACCAUGUGAAAUGGACUGAAAUAAUUUCUUUUCUGUUGUACCUGUGGAAGUACAAGCCAUUUUACAGGGGGAAAAAACCCAAAACAAAACAAAAACUUAAAAAAAAUUAAAAUAUUAUCUCAGUAUUGUCACUGACUCCUUCAGUUUUUUUCCCCUGCUGGUUGGUUGUCAGGGUUUAACUUUGAUUUGCAAAAUAAACAGUUUCUCUUACCCUUUUAUCCCCUUUCUUCUUCUCCUCGACAAACAAAAACCUAAGCCUGUGAUUGAGGAUUCUUAAGUAUUGAAGGUAGUGGAGUGUAUUCAAGUGUGAGUGCCCUGAAAUUUCAGUCAGUUCACUUCCCUGAUUUUUAAAUUGAACUGUUUGUUUUCAAUGCCAACUGCCUUUUUGCGGUGUUAACAUAAUUGCUAAAUAAAAGCAAUU